CCUCUCUGUGUCGAUCCUAGCAUUCGUGGCCUUGGCCUCAGUGACAGUGGCCGGUUGGCUGUCACGGCGGCCCUCAGUUGGCCCUUUCCUGCUUUAUAGCGUGCAAACCUCGCCGCGCUGGGGCCAAGGGACAAGUUGGAGCUGUUGAUCUGUUGCGCAAUUGUUAUUUUCCCCUGGGUGGCUUUGUCUUUGGAUUUAGCGUUUUAAAAUUGCAAUUUCAAAAUGUAUAAGGCAGGGUAUUCUGUUCUGUGCUGUCAAGGGACAUGGAUUUGAUUGACAUCCUUUGGAGGCAAGAUAUAGAUCUUGGGGUAAGUCGAGAAGUAUUUGACUUCAGUCAGCGACAGAAGGAGUAUGAGCUGGAAAAACAGAAAAAACUUGAAAAGGAAAGACAAGAACAACUCCAAAAGGAGCAAGAGAAGGCCUUUUUUGCUCAGUUACAACUAGAUGAAGAGACAGGUGAAUUUCUCCCAAUUCAGCCAGCCCAGCACACCCAGUCAGAAACCAGUGGAUCUGCAAACUACUCCCAGGUUGCCCACAUUCCCAAACCAGAUGCUCUGUACUUCGAUGACUGUAUGCAGCUUUUGGCAGAGACAUUCCCAUUUGUAGAUGACAAUGAGGUUUCUUCAGCUACAUUUCAGUCACUUGUUCCUGAUAUUCCCAGCCACAUCGAGAGCCCAGUCUUCAAUGCUCCUCCUCAGGCCCAGUCACCUGAAACUUCUCUUGAUGGAGCCAUGGCUGAUUUAAACAACAUGCAGCAGGAUAUUGAGCAAGUUUGGCAGGAGCUAUUUUCCAUUCCAGAAUUACAGUGUCUUAAUAUUGAAAAUGAUAAGCUGGUUGAGACUACCACCGUUCCAAGCCCAGAAGCCAAGCUGACAGAAAUCGACAACAAUUAUUUCUACCCAUCCAUCCCCUCACUGGAGAAAGAAGUAGGGAACUGCAGUCCACAUUUUCUGAAUGCUUUUGAGGAUUCCUUCAGCAGCAUCCUCUCCACAGAAGAUCCCAAUCAGUUGACAGUGAAUUCAUUAAAUUCAGAUGCCACAUUAAACACAGAUUUUGGUGAUGAAUUUUAUUCUGCUUUCAUAGCAGAACCUAGUACCAGCAAUAGCAUGCCUUCCUCUGCUACUGUGAGUCAGUCACUCUCUGAACUUCUGUAUGGACCCAUUGAUGGUUCUGACCUAUCACUCUGUAAAGCUUUCAACCAAAAUCAUCCUGAAAGCACAGCAGAAUUCAAUGAUUCUGACUCUGGCAUUUCACUGAACACGAGUCCUAGCAUGGCAUCACCAGAACAUUCAGUGGAGUCUUCCAUCUAUGGAGACCCACCACCUGGCUUCAGUGAUUCUGAAAUGGAAGAGUUAGAUAGUGCCCCUGGAAGUGUUAAACAGAAUGCUCCCAAAACACAGCCAAUACAUUCUGGGGAUACAGUGCAACCUCUGUCACCAUCUCAAGUGCACAGUGCACCCGUGCAUGAUGCCUACAGUGAAAACACACCAAAGAAAGAAAUGCCUUUAAGUCCUGGUCAUAGAAAAACCCCAUUCACAAAAGACAAACAUUCAAGUCGCUUGGAGGCUCAUCUCACCAGAGAUGAGCUUAGGGCAAAAGCUCUCCAUAUCCCAUUCCCUGUGGAAAAAAUCAUUAACCUUCCUGUUGAUGACUUCAAUGAAAUGAUGUCCAAAGAACAAUUCAAUGAAGCCCAACUUGCAUUAAUUCGAGAUAUACGUAGGAGGGGUAAAAAUAAAGUGGCUGCUCAAAAUUGCAGAAAAAGAAAACUGGAAAAUAUAGUAGAACUGGAGCAGGAUUUAGGUCAUUUAAAAGAUGAAAAAGAAAAAUUACUUAAAGAAAAAGGAGAAAAUGACAAAAGCCUCCAUCUACUGAAAAAACAACUCAGCACUUUGUAUCUUGAAGUCUUUAGCAUGUUACGGGAUGAAGAUGGGAAACCUUAUUCUCCUAGUGAAUACUCUCUGCAACAAACAAGAGAUGGCAAUGUAUUCCUUGUUCCAAAAAGUAAGAAGCCAGAUGUUAAGAAAAACUAGGUUUGGGAGAAUAUGACAUUUUCUGAGCUAGUUUUUUUUUUUUUUUUUGUAAUACUAAAAGCUCCUACUGUGAUGUGAAAUGCAGAAAUAUACUUUAUAAUUCUAUGCAAAAUUAUAGCCAAAGCUAGUAUAGAAGAUAAUAUGAAAUUUAAAAGCAUUAAAAUAUCAGUACAUUGAAUCAGUGAUUUCACUUUUAACUAUAAUUUCUUAGGACACCAUUUGGGCUAGAUUCUGCAUAAGUGUAAAUACUACAAAACUUAUUUAUACUGUUCUUAUCUCAUUUGUUACAUUCAUAGAUUUAUAAGAUAUGACAUCUGGAUAAAAGUAAAUUGUUGCAAAACUAA